AUCAAGAAGGAGAAAAAGCUGAAGUUGUUCUAUUUCCUCCUCGACGACUAACGUAUGUCUGCGUCAUGGAGACUACAUCGGUGUACAUGUGCUUCCCCUGCUACCAGGAGUUUAAUACUCUAGAAGAAGUCCUUCAGCACCAGUUGACAUGCACCGCUGAAGAAGAUCAGCCCAGCUCAUCUGGAGCUGCCCCUGCUGACGACCCAGUGCUGCAGACACAGCAACAUGUAAUAAACAUCUCCAGGGCAGUGGCGGACCAACAGGGAGAUGGCUCACAGGGUGACGCCUCAGAGAGCGCCGUUCCUCAGGUCGAAGCCCAGUCGCUUCUUCCCUCUGUGCAGAGUAUCAAGAAAGAACUGGAGGACGUUUCAGAUGGCGAAAGGCAAACAGACCAGCCCCGAAUCCUUUACCAGUGUGGGGAUUGCGAUAAACUUUUCAAGAGCCUCGAAGAGUGGCAGCAGCAUCGUAAAGAAGGGACGUGUGAACAAGCUGGGUGCAAAUCAGCACUGGACCCCAACGGUGAGCCGGAGGCCUCUGAGAGCCAGGCCGCAGCAGCAGGUCAAGACGAUUCUUCUACCCCACAGAGAGAAAGCGGCAACACCAUCCAACCAGAACCAGAGGAGAAUACUGAGGAUGGAAGUGAGACGCAAGUUCCAGAGACGUCCUCGUCUCAGACCCCAGAAGGUCUUGUUGCUGAGGUUUCUGCUUCGGACGAUUCGUCUCCAAGGAGGAGAGGGAUAACCAAGAAGCCGAAGCCGGAGCCAGUGUUGCUGUGUGUUGAUUGCGGCUCGUGUUUCGGUCUGGUGUCUGAGCUGGUGUCCCAUCGUAAGACCCAGCACGGCUUCGAGGAGGCUCUGCACCGCUGCUCCGUGUGCGGAGAAAGUUUCCUGAACACCACGCUCUUCCUCUAUCACCGCAAGCAGCACAAGCAGAAGGGCGAGGAGACGGUGGCGGUGGUCCCUGAAGUCACACCGGAGGUUUACGCCCUAAACAACGGGGGCAGUGCGCAGGAUGGCGUUUCUUCUUCCAGCACUGCGACACACACAUUUACACAGCCCGAGUUGUUCUUCUGCACCCACUGUGGGGAGAGCUUUGGAGACGAUAAAGGCCUGGCGAAACAUCGUAAGGAGAAACACAGCCUCAGCGAGCCGCUGCACACCUGUCCCCACUGCGGAGACGACUUCAUGAACACAACUCAGUUCCUGUACCACCGGCUGAAGCAUCGCUUCACCUCAGAGAGCGAGGAGACUCAUGAGGUCGAAGUAAGCGACGAAUCAGCUCCUAUCAGUAGUGAGGACGGUGCACAGAGCUCAAAGAGACUGCUGUCCCCCUCUGCUGGGGAAUCAGGGUCUCCCGUUCCGAAGAGGGGCCGGCCUUCAUUCAGGAUCCUAAGUGCCAGUUCACUACAAGGAACCAAAGCCUCUAAAGACGACUUGGAGGGCAGCGGUGCAGGCGACACGAACAACACAAACCAGCCUCCACCUGCCAAGCUGCUGCAAGACUGGGCCAGAACGCCGUUGCCCCACGUGUGCCCCUACUGCGGCAAAACCUUCACCAGGCGCGUCUUCCUCCGCACCCACGUCUACAGCCACACCGGCGAGAAGCUCUUCACAUGCAAGGUGUGCACAAAGUCAUUCACCAAUUCCCAGAGCCUGCUGCGCCACAGCAUGAACCACACAGGCAACAAGCCCUUCUGCUGCGACGUUUGUGGGAAAAGCUUCUCGCAGGCAACCACCCUGAAAAGACAUCACCUCAUUCACUCAUCAACGGAGCCGGCACGCAAGAGAGGACGCAAACCAGCGUGUAGCGUUGACAGUGACGGCUCUGCUCUCUUUGCUUGUCCAAACUGUCCCUCACACUUCAGCACUGAAGAACAGCUUAACGACCACAGAUUGCUUCACACAAGCCACCCGUUCCCUUGCCCUGAAUGUGGAGAGCCGUUCAAACGCAGGAAGGACCUGGACCUUCACUCGCUCAUACAUCAAGACAAGCAGCCGGUGACCUGUCCUCACUGCUCGUCGCAGUUCAUCAACCAGUCGGUGCUGGACAUCCACCUGCAGCGAUGUCCUUCAUCCGAGGAGGAGAGGAACACGGGGCGUGGGCGGGGACAAGGCCGCGGACGCUCCACUGGACAGAUCGAGUGUGACCUCUGCGGGCACCGCUGCAUGACCCAAGAGGGCCUGGAUCUCCAUCGUUUAUCCCACACAGGCCAGACGCCGCUCAAGUGCCCGGUGAGGCCGUGCCGCCGCAGAUUUACCUCCAACAGCACCUUGGAGGAGCACGUGCUGGCCCACUUCCAAGGAUCGCUGUCCAAGUCCAAAUCCCGACCGCGCUUCCGCUGCGACAUUUGCUUCAAGGAGUUUGCCUACAAUUCCACCUUCAGCGUUCACAUGAGGACACAUACUGAUGAGAGGCCCUUCGAGUGCUCCACCUGUGGGAAGCGUUUCCGCCAGCUGCCCCACCUCCAGGACCACGAGCGGAUCCACUCGGGCCUGCGGCCUUUCUGCUGCUGGAUCUGCGGCAAGAGCUUCAGCGUGGCGGCCCGUCUCACCGAGCACGCCCGCACCCACAGCGGCGAGAAGCCGUACCCGUGUCCCCACUGCACCGCCGCCUUUCGCUCUCGCCCCAACCUCGACAAGCACCUGCGCCAACACGGAGACCUGGCCCCGGAAGCGGCCGAGCAGGUGGUGCAGGCCGCUGAGGUCGCCCACGUUCAGAAGGUGCUGGAAGGGGCCAAGGCGCUGUCGUCGCUGGCGACCACCACGGACCUGGAGUCGGGCACCGUGCAGACCAUAUACGUGCUGCAGGAGAGCGACGAAGGCACCGAGACGGUGAUGAUCCCGUCGGAUUCGCUCAGCGGGAUCGAGGGAACCUCGCAGGUGGUCAUCCUGCCCUCGUCGGUGCUGGGAGGCCAGGCUAUCACGGUUCCCACCAUCACCAUGGAGGAGAGUGAGAUCACCAUGGUGGAAACGGGUCAGUCGCCGCAACACGCCAUCGAGUUCAUCGUGGAGGAGACGGUGUGAAACCAGAAAAGAGUUUAAAGAUGAGAAAGUGUUGGGGAUUCUUGAUUGACUUUGAACGUGUUUUUUGGCAACCUUGGUGAAGAAGUCUUAAAAGCAUGAAAAGAAUUAUUGCAGCAGCAAAAUCACACAAUAAAACGCCCUUUAAAGCUUCCUGAAAGUGCUCUUUUGCCGAUAGGACAACACUUGACAUAAUUCAUUAGCAAGAAGCUAACGCACAAAGAAAAUCCUCUCUGUAGAGUUUUUAAUAAGAUUUAGAUCCAUGAGCUGAGAUGACCAGGACUGAAUGUUAAUUUUAUGUCUUUGGAGAUAUUUCUGUUUUGAUUUUUGUGUUUAAAAACUCUUUGUCACUUCCUUACAAGGUUCCUGUUCAGACUUGAGGCGUUUCUUUUUCUCAAACUCAUCCUUCGUUUCACACCAAACCCACCUGGAGUGUUGGAGAAACACUCAGUCUUAUCCUCAUCGAACACACAGAGUUAGGAGAAGUCGCUACAUAUUUGAGUUUGUUUAUGUUUGUGACAAAAGUUUCCCCCAAGUGUCACUCAUAAAAAACAGAUUGACAUGUAGAAAUAAAGCUGAAGAUGCCUCUUUGCUGCAGUGUUAUAAUGUGAGAGUAGCAGCCUGAGCAAGAACUGAAAAAAGUACAAAUAAUAAUAAAAAAAAACUAAUAAAAACUGACCCUUGUUUGUAAAAAAUAAAAUGUUUGCUGCCUACAAAAUAAAUGCACUCAAAUUAAAAUUUCAGUGAGAUUUUGCUACUGCAGUAAGAAAAUAAUUUAUUUAGAGACUCAUCUUUACCAGAGGUGCAAACAGACAUGUCCUCUGUAUAAAAACAAUUUCUGUAGCAGUGUGUAACUAAUGGAGUAAAGACUGAUCUGUUCAGGGAAUUAAUUUAUAGUCAUUUAAAAUGAUUUAAAAAUAGUGAAAAUGGCUUUUUGAUUCUAAACUAAUAUGUUUGUGCAGCCUGUUUUCCUCUUUCCUAAAAAUAAAAAGCUCUGGCUUCCACGCUCGUGAA